GCAGCAGCAUACGCCGGACAACUUCAUGAUGGGUUUUACUCCUAUGCUCGAGGGCUUAGUGCUUCACUUCGACAAGACCCUGACGCUUUCCGUAAUGGAACACAACUUUUGAGAAACAUGGAGAUGACGUUUGAAGGUAUGUCUGGCCUUGUUCGAAUGAGCGAUGUUGGUAUUCGGAUGCCGUCUUUCUACAUCGAUAGUCUGGACGGAGAUGGAGUGCAGGAGUUAUAUGGGACUGUUUUUGUUAAUGGAUCUUAUGCGAACUACAUUCCUGUUUACACCAACGAGGCAGAAUUGUGGUGGAGCCGGGGUGGGUUAAGACCACUGGCACAGCCUGUAUGUGGAUUCAGUGGAAAGCAG